AUGAGCAAGAAAAAGCUGAGGAAAGAGCUAAAAAAACGUCAGCAAAAUACGGUUGACACAUCAAUAUUAAGUCCUAAUGAUAAGGAAUCGAGGAGAUCGUGCAAGAAACAUCGAACGAUCAAAUCAAGUGACGACGAUAUCGAGAAAGAAGUAGAGAUUGAUACAUUAAACUUUGACGAUGCGUUUGCCGCUGGUUUAGCCUUUGAGCAACUGGAAUCCUAUGAUGGAGCAUUGAUAUCAUUCCAGCGUGCGAUUGAGUGUCAACCGACUCAUUUAGGAGCUCUUAUGCACCUUGCAGACGUUUAUUCGGCUUCUGGACAGCUAGAUGAAGCUCUGAGUUGCUAUAUCAAGGCCAGUGAACGAGAACAUAACAAGGAGAACGCGUCGGUAUGGUUUCGACUAGGUUUGGCUCAUGCAGCAAUGGAUCAGCAGCUUGAGGCUACGAAAGCUUACCAUCAGUCGAUGAAUAUUAAUGCUCGAGCAUUGGAAAGUUUGAACAAUGGUGACGAGAAGACCAGGGAGCUGUGGGAGGCUUACGGCGUUACACUGGCAGCUCUUGUAGAAGCUUUUGGUGAGCUUGGAGAUCUGAACUCUGCGGUCAAAGUGUUUGAAGAUGCGGUAGCGAGAUUUCCUGAGAGUGCAAACAUGCAUUACAAUCUCGCAACUAUGUGCAUGGCAAGAAAUAAAAGCACUGGUGAUGAUGAGUUUGAUUCAGUGGUGGCUCAGAGCUUGGAGCGAGCGGUCAAGCUGAGCCCUGAAACGCUUGAAUUUGUUGAAGAUUUGGCUUUGUACUUGGAAGCGCAUAACCAGCAAUCUCAUCGAGUUGAUGAACUGAGAAGGAAAGCUGAUGUACUUGCGUGUACUAGUAGAGUUACAACUGCUACGAGUGAUGACGAAAACAAGCAAGAGCAAGGGUCUUGUAACAAUAUGGAAGAGGAUGUAAGUGAAGAGGAAGAAGACAAUGAAGAAGAUGGAGAGGAGUCAUAG